UUGCUGCCAAAAGUCGCUUCACGCUCGACUGUUGUUAGGAUGAAAAAGAAGUUUCUUGUUCUUCUGCUUUGUUUGUCUUUUGUUCGCUGUGAAUCACGCAGAGUAACGGAUUAUGGGGAUUACUUAAUACAAGAUUACGUUGAUAUUGAUGCCAGCAUCCCAAGGGCAGAGGAGAACUCAGGUCUGUUUGAAGGUGAUAUUCUCAUCGAUGAGGAUACUGAAAGAUAUCUGACGGGUGGAGAGAUCAUGUCACGUGACGCUGUAGUCACCCCUAUAUUAUAUUGGCCAAGAGGGGUGAUCUAUUACAUGUUUGAUGAAAAAUUAGAGCCUCUCAAGAUCGAUGUCAUCAAACGUGGUAUCCACCAUCUAAAGGAAAGGACAUGCAUCAAAUUUGUUCAAAUUCCGAAGAAUGAAACGUUUCAUAAAAGCUAUGUCAGGUUCUUCAGUGGAAACGGAUGUUAUUCCAGAAUCGGCAAGGACCCCUCUAACGUUGAACAAACGAUUUCUAUCGGUGAUGGAUGCGAGAGGAUCGGAACAGUGGUGCACGAGAUCAUGCAUGCUUUGGGAUUUUUCCAUGAGCACACCAGGCCCGACAGGGACAAGUAUAUCAAAAUUGAUUGGACAAAUAUCCAGGAAGAGCAUUCUCGAAACUUCCAAAAAUACCCUCGAGAUCUUGGAUCUAGCUUUGGUAAACCAUACGACUACGACAGCGUAAUGCAUUACAGUAGGUUCGCCUUCUCCAAGGACUUGGAUGUCCCUACCAUUAUACCUGCAGAUGGAAAGGCUUCAAUUGGUCAGCGACUGGGCCUGAGUUAUUUUGAUAGAGAAGAAAUCAACAAGUUAUACAAGUGCCAUGAGGAUUGCGUUGACAAGAUAAGCCCAUACAGGUGCAUAGGUCUCAGCAUACUGGGUAGCUGUGACAGUCCCAGAUUCCAAGAAAUGAUGAUUGAAUCUUGUCCCAAAACCUGCAAAUUUUGCGGAAAGAGGGACUCGACGAUCACAGACGCGAACAAGGCCCGAUCAGAAUCAAGAAAAACGUCUUAAAAAAGAAUCCGACUGAUAUAUUUUUUUCACCAGAAUUACUUAAUCAUUGAGGAAAGUCUAUAUUUUACUGUUACUUUCGUAAUAAAAGAUCUGCAUGGUUACAAGUGA